AUGGCUAUCUCUAAUCACUACUCCCAAUCUUCUUCACAACAGCAUACUACAGAGAAACGUUGUAUAAAUGAAAAUAAGAAUGCCGUUUUAAGUGAAUCUUCAAUUCAUAGCUGGUAUACUGGACCAUGGAUUAAUGGAGAGUCCAAGAGAUACCUCUAUGAUACAUACAGGGAUGUCUCAAAUGAAUCGUUAAAUUUCAAGAAAGCACAGAAAGUAAAUAAAUGUAAUAAAUCAUUUUCACAGUCCUCAAAACUUCAAGUUCACUACAGAAUCCACACAGGAGAGAAACCUUACAAAUGUAAUGAAUGUGGCAAAUCUUUUACAAGGAACACAGACUUUAAAGUUCAUUACAGAAUCCACACUGGAGAGAAACCUUACAAAUGUAAUGAAUGUGGCAAAUCUUUUACAAGGUACACAUACUUUAAAGUUCACUACAGAAUUCAUACAAAAGAGAAACCUUACAAAUGUAAUGAAUGUGGAAAAUCUUUUACAAGGAACACAGACUUUAAAGUUCACUACAGAAUCCAUACAGGAGAAAAGCCUUACAAAUGUAAUGAAUGUGGCAAAUGUUUUACACAGAACAAAGUGCUUAAAAAUCACUACAGAAUACAUACAGGAGAGAAACCUUACAAAUGUAAUGAAUGUGGCAAAUCUUUUACACAAUCCUCAAAAUUUCAAGUUCACUACAGAAUUCAUACAGGAGAGAAACCUUACAAAUGUAAUGAAUGUGGGAAAUCUUUUAUCCAGGACUCACAGCAUAAAGCUCACUACAGAAUCCACACAGGAGAGAAACCUUACAAAUGUAAUGAAUGUGGGAAAUCUUUUAUCCAGAAAUCAAAACUUCAGGUUCACUACAGAAUCCAUACAGGAGAGAAACCAUACAAAUGUAAUGAGUGUGGGAAAUCUUUUACACAAUCCUCAAAUCUUCAAGUUCACUACAGAAUCCAUACAGGAGAGAAACCUUACAAAUGUAAUGAAUGUGGCAAAUCUUUUACACAUAACAAAGUGCUAAAAUUACACUACAGAAUUCAUACAGGAGAGAAACCUUACAAAUGUAAUGAAUGUAGCAAAUCUUUUACAAGGAACACAAACUUUAAAGUUCACUACAGAAUCCAUACUGGAGAGAAACCUUACAAAUGUAAUGAGCAUGGGAAAUCUUGUAGAAAAUCCUCAAAUCUUCAAGUUCACUACAGAAUCCAUACAGGA